CUAGAAUUUUCACGCAUCAAGUUGUGUAACGACGGUGACGUAGCCUUCGGCAAACUUAUUUGACAAAAGAAGCCGAAAUUAUACCGCAUUUUUCUCUGAUGAGAUGUAGUCAUCUCCCAAAUCUGACGUCCUUGAGAAUGAUAGUGUAACAAAAGUCUUUUAAUAAAACUGCGUGAUAAGUGCUACUUAUUUAUUAUCUGAAUCAAUUUCGUCUCUCAGUUCUUCUUUUCUAAAGCCCUAGAGCCAAUAUUAAGGAAAUAAAGAAGAAUGUCCGCCUCUUUUGAUUGUGGCAUAUUGCCAUUAAGCAAUGACGAAAAGGUUAGAAAAGAUAGUGAAAAUAUGGAAUUUAGGCAAAGUGGAUUACGCCAAAGCUCUUAAAAUACAAAAUGUGGUAGCCAGUUGUCACGGUAACACCACAUCCGAUAACGUGUUAUUAUGUUUGGAACAUUUGCCGGUUUAUACGGUGGGAAUUCGUAACCUGCAGUAUAGUCACAGAGAGGAGGUUUGGUUGAAGGAAAAAGGAGCAGAUUUUUAUAGAACGAACCGAGGUGGCCUUAUUACUUUCCAUGGCCCGGGUCAGCUCGUCGUUUAUCCCAUUUUAAAUUUGAAAUGCUUCACGCCUAGUAUGCGAUGGUAUGUGUGCCAAAUUGAAAGAACCGUCAUCAAUUUGUGCAAAAAAUUCAACUUAGAAGCCGAGACGUCGCCUCACACCGGCGUUUGGAUCAAGGACAACAAGGUUUGCGCAAUUGGCGUCCAUGGUAGUCGUUUUGUAACAACGCACGGAUUAGCAAUAAACUGCGCCACAGAUUUGAGCUGGUUCGAUCAUAUAGUACCUUGUGGCAUCGAGGGCAAAGGGGUAACUAGCUUGUCUAAGGAACUAAACAGAGAAGUCAGCACCAGUGAGGUGCUGCCUUUGUUCUUGGACAGUUUUUGUGAUAUUUUCCAAUGUAACAGGGUUCCUAUAUCUUCCACGGAGGUGAAAUGUUUUCUGAAUAAAAUACAACAUUGAUAUUUAUUU